ACACGAAUAAAUAUCUCUUGCUUUCUCAUACUUCAACUCCGCCACGAAAACACGGAAUAUUUUUUUUAUUACUGAUUGCGAAUUUUUGUGAAUUUGCAAGAAAAAGCGGAAGUACCAGGUGCUAGUGGUUUCAGUAGGUGUGUCCAGGACAAUGACGGAGCAGGGUGUGACAAAUCCUCCGGCAACGGAGAAGGCCGAAGCCCAGACGGAACUUGCAGAAAUUCCAGCUUCAACGCAGGUGCGAAGUGGGCUGGUGGAGCUGGAAAAUCGCGCCACGCAGCUCAUCCAGGCGAUGGAGAACCUCAAAACAAACCCUGAUGCUGGCACUCCUUCUGGUCCUCAAACCCCCGUUGCUGCACCACCAGUGGCGGGCUUCCUGGCGCCUGAGCGUCGCGAUGCAGCGGAAAUUGUGUCAGGCCUUGAAACAUUGAUUUGUACCGCAGAAGCUGGUACAGAUCCGGAGUAUUCACUGCCACCACUGAAUGAGGUUAGCCAAUUGGCCCUCAUCUCGCAUAGUUUUGUGGCCUACCUAAGCCACCUACGACGUAGUCAGCUGCUCCGGGUGACGACAAAGGUUGCCUCAGACACAAAUAGGUGGCUCUCGCAUAUUUUCCGCUUCAGCGAUAGCUCAACGAGCUAUCACAACGACAGCACUGAGUGUGUUCUCCGUGCUCUACGUCUGGCCAUUGUCUCCCGCUGUCCUGGUUACCUGGAAGCUGGAAUUCAAGCUUUGGCCAAUCCCUGUAUGUACGUGACGGAGAAUAGUGCUCUUGUGGCUCUGCAGUACGCCUGCCGGCAGCUGGGACUACCUUCGGAAUGUAUUCGUGUUGUUCCCAGUAGUGCUGGGAGCAUGGGAACGAUGGAUGUGGUGACGCUGCAGAAGCAAAUCGCCGCUGAUGUGGCCAAUAAACGGGUACCGUUGUUUGUGAUUGCCAAUGUGGGGGCAUCUGUGUGUGGCUUCGUGGACACCAUCCCGCGCCUCUAUGACGUCUGUCGUCAAGCCAAUGUGUGGCUCCACUGCCGUGGUCAUUCACUAGCUGCUCUCGCCACGGCUCAGGGAAGUGGAGAUGUCCGCGAACUCUGUGACUCAAUGUCCCUAAGUUUGGGCAGUUGGCUAGCAGUGCCCAGUCUUCCCGUUGUGCUCCUGCACCGGCAGAUCCAAAAUGUUGCCUUGUCUGUCUUUGAAUCCGAUCCCAUUGUAUCCCGGCGACUUAAUUCCCUCACCCUCUGGACAACACUUCAGGCUCUCGGGAGGGAUUUAAUCUCCGAACGAAUCCUCAUGGCUUUUGAAUCCGUUCGUGUAGUCUAUGAGAUUCUAUCUAAAUGCGAAGGGAUUCGCAUCCUGAGCAAGAAACCCGGCGGGGAGACAGGGAUAUCCGUUGUGGAUCUCGUGCAUGAACCUCUAAAUGCUUCGCUUCUCUUUGAGAUUGCCGUGAGUGUUGUAGUAUUCCAGUUCCAUCAGAGUUCCCAGGAAACAGCUGAAGGUAUUCCGGAAGAACGUGGAGAGCGUUCUCGCUACCUGGACAGGAUGAAUGAGUGGCUUGGGGAGAUAAUUCAGCGAGAUUGCCCUGGGGUGGAUCUUGAAAUUAUCGAUCACGCCGUGUAUGGGACAGCCAUACGUUUCUGCCCAUUUGAGAUGUCUCUCGGGGAGUCUGUACCAACAGUUGAAUACCUGGAGCACUUUGCAGCAUGCCUGGAUCUUCAGGUGGGCAUCCUCAAGGCAACAGAGCGGCAUAAAAUCACCUUCCAGGACAUUGUGAAGCGCAGUGAGGUGCUGAGGUUGAUCCCACUGCCUGAUUGGGCAGGAUUGGGUGGGGUUCGCUUUGUACCCGAUGGCUGGGAGACCCUGCUCACGGAUCAGGCCAAGACGGAACUCAAUAAACUCAAUACGGACCUCGUUGAAGCCCUUCGGUCAACCGAUAGCGCCUUCACACUCGGCGAAGGAGCCGAUGGGCUCAUUUGCGUGAAGCUUGGCAUGGUUACGGAGGAGACUGACGUGGAGGAACUUCUCGAUGUGGUCAUCUCCGUGGGUAGGAGUGUUCAGGAGAACUCACGCGUACUGGAUUCCAUGUCGGAGAUCGUGAAGAAGGGCAUUGAAGCCGUCACGGCGGACUUGCAGCGGGAGUCUGAUGAGAAAAUGUGGCAAGAUGGGAUCCUCAGGCACGUUCCAAUUGUCGGGAGUGUCUUCAAUUGGUGGUCUCCACCACCCAAAGAGACUGGCAUUAAGGGUAGAAGCCUCAACUUGACCCAAGGAGUCGUCGAGAGUACGGAAAAUAUUUACAAGUAUCACAUGCAAAUAGCCGGUGGCUCAAAUCAAAUUCCGGGCAAUAGGAGCCCCCCAACGCCAAUGGUGCAGACUUCAGUGAGUGCUGGACAUUCCCGGAAUGUUAGUCAGAGCAGUGGGACAUCCACAAAUGAUCAAGAAGCUCAACAACAACCACACUAAAGUAGAGAAAGAACUUCAGCAACACUGAAUCUACAUUGCAAUUAAAGAAAAUAACUAAAGAUUUAAAUUAAAAAGAAAAAAAAUUAUUCUAAUAUAAACUUAGAAAAAAAACUGUAGGAACUUUCUUUUCUAGUAAGAUACUAAAGAAAAAAACAUUUCCCAA